AUGAGUAUCACUGAGCUAAAGGAAAGCCAGAGGAAUUGUGAAAUUACAAGACCUCAGCGAAACAGCUUCCAAACCACAUAUUUUAAAGAUGGUAAAAGGAAAAUUGAUUAUGUUCUAACUUACGAAUGUAAUGAUGAUGAGGAAGAAUCCAGCAGUGUAAACGAUGUGGAAGAUAGCGCUUAUGCAAGAUCGCGAGAGGAGAAGAAAGCGAAUAAGCGCCUGCAAUACGAAGCAAAUUUAAAGAAGCUCGGAUUUGAAUUAGAGCAUGUUGAAGGGAAGUACUGCAAAAGGACUCACUUUGUAUUGGUUCAUGCACCGUUUUUCCUGCUAAUGAAACAAGCUGAAAGUCUCGGUUUAAAAAUGCCAGUACUGCAAAGCGAUGUGAAAGAACGAACUGUCUUGGAAGGGAUAUUGGACAAAUUUAUGAAAAGAUUUCGUUUUUUUACAUUUGAUGAGAAGACAAAUGAACGAUUAAAAGAACCAAAUUAUUUUACAGUCCCUUUUGUGGCUGCUCAUUUGGAAUGUUAUGUUGGUCACGAAAAUCCAGAUACAUUCUUUGAUAAUUCGGAACGAAGUCGGUUAGUAUAUGAUUUGUUGAUUCGAACUAAGUAUGAUACAGAUGAAGCUGAAGAAUAUCGUGUUGGCAUACAACGUCUGAUCAAGAAUGGCACAUAUACGUCAGCUUUUCCGCUACAUGAGGACUGUGGUUGGAAUGAGUAUAAUGCUGACAGAAAUACCGAUCGUGAAUUUUUGUACUGGAACUGGGCUCGUAUUGCAAACAUUUACAAGUACCAGCCACUUUCCUUAAUAAAGAAAUAUUUUGGCUCAAAAAUUGGAUGGUAUUUUGCCUGGUUAGGUUACUACACGAAAAUUUUAGUACUUGCUUCUAUUAUCGGCGUUUUAUGUUUUGUUUAUGGAAUAUCAACAAUUUCAGAGGAUGUACCAAGUAAUGACAUUUGUGGUAGCGAUGGAAUUGGUGCUGAAGUGAUAUUAUGCCCAACAUGUGACAAGUAUUGUGAUUACACUCGACUUAAUUCCAGUUGUAUAUAUUCAAAGCUGUCAUAUGUGUUUGAUAAUACGUCAACCGUUAUAUUUGCUGCCAUGAUGAGUAUAUUUGCAACAUUGUUUCUGGAAGGAUGGAAGAGAUAUCACGCUGAAGUAGCCUGGAAAUGGGGCUUGCUUGAUUUUGAAGUUGACGAGGAAACAAUCAGACCUGAAUACCAGUUGCGCGUUAAAAAAGCGAAAACAAUGCGAAUUAAUCCGGUUACACAGCAGUUGGAGCCUUAUUUAACAUUUACUUAUCGAUUUCUGCAUUUAAUUGGAUCCGGCGCAACUGUUCUGUUCUUCCUUUUUCUCGUAAUAGCAUUUGUUAUUGGCAUUGUAAUUUAUCGAAUCGUAUUUUCUCAAGUUCUUUAUCGGGUGGAUAAAAUGAAACCAUAUGCAAAUCUUCUCACAUUCACUACUGCUGCCACAUUGAAUUUAGCUAUCAUUUUAGCAAUGAGCUAUUUCUAUUCAUAUCUGGCGCUGAAAUUAACAGAUUGGGAAUGUCCAAGGACGCAACUUGAAUUUGACAACAGUUACACAUUUAAAGUUUAUUUGUUCCAGUUUAUCAACUACUACUCGUCUAUCUUUUACAUUGCUUUCGUAAAGGGCAAUUUGUCGAGCGUACCUGGACGACAUUAUUUCGGUCUUCGGCCAGAAGAAUGCGAUCCAGCCGGUUGUAUGGUUGAGCUUGUAAUACAAUUGGCAAUAAUCAUGUGCGGUAAACAGUUCUGGAAUGGCUUUGUGGAAUUUGCAUGGCCAGUAUUUAUGACUUGGUUACGUUCGCUGCGACUACUGGAAACUAAAAAGCAACGAGACGAAAGGACAAAGCAUGAAUUGAUAGAUGGUUUGAGUGGUAAGGAUGGAAUAGCUAGAUGGGAACAAGAUUAUGUACUCAAUCCAACAUAUGAGCAGUUCUUAUUUGAUGAAUAUUUGGAAAUGGUGAUACAAUUUGGCUUUGUGACUCUUUUUGUGUCAGCAUUUCCACUAGCGCCACUUUUCGCUUUGGUGAAUAAUAUCUUUGAAAUUCGGGUUGAUGCAUACAAAUACGUAGUUGCCACUCGACGACCUGUGCCGGAGCGAGCACGUGAUAUUGGCAUUUGGUUGCCUAUUUUAAGCAUGAUUAGCAGAGCAGCGGUCCUUGUUAAUGCUUGUAUCAUAGCAUUUACAAGCGAUUUCAUACCCCGUUUUGUUUAUCGAUUUGUGUAUAUGCAUGAUGAAUUGUAUGGAUACGUGAACAACUCGCUCUCCUUUUAUGAUUCAUCUGGAAUUGUUGUGAAAUGGAGCGAAUUCAAGAAUGAUAACGUUACUAUUUGUAGGUUCCGUGACUACAGAAACCCACCUUGUACUAUUGCUUUGUAUGCAAAUUGUGAUGAUGACUAUGGUUUCACAAUGCAAUGGUGGAUUGUUUUUACUUUUCGCUUGGCAUUUAUUCUCAUUUUUGAGCAUUUAGUGGCAAUGGUCAAAGCUGUAGUUGCUUAUUUGAUACCCGAUAUUCCAGCGAAUAUUUUCAUCCAGCUUCAACGACAGCGUUUCCUUGCGCGACAGGCUCGGAUUUCAGAUAUCACUUCAUCAGUCAGCGCUCGGAAUGGCUUAGAGAACAAUCAAAAUAAUACAGAAAGAAGCCAGGUAGACGCUACUCAGAACGAGCUGAUCUUCCAACCAGGACAGUUUAAAAACGAGCAAACACCGGUUGAACUGGAAAAGAUUAUGAGAGAUGAUUUAUGUAGGCGGGCACAUUCUCUUCUCUCGCUUCGAAGUCAUGGAAGUGGUAGUUUUCAUACCUGUCGAAGUUCGGUAGAUUCAAACGGGUCUUAUACGUAG